GAGAGGGUGGGCCUGCAAGGCCCAGCUCCGCCUUGAGCGCCUCUCCGCGCCUCGGGUGAGGCCUUCGGCGCCACAGGCCGCGCGGUUGGAGGCCGCGGUGCCUGCGGGGAUUUAAACGGGCUCAGCGGGCUUUCCCUUGCCGCCCAGAGAACAGAAUAUCAUUGUAAGAUGACUUUAAUAACUCGACAGAUCUCUAGAUGUUAUUGCUUGGUGACGAAAUGCAGUAUCUUGAACAGUAGAGAAUUGGGAAACCAAUCAAUCAAAACAUGGACUUUUCCUCUAAAGCAACCGGGUUUGCCAUUAUUGUGGCAUUACAGAUAUUUCUGUCAACCAAUGUUAAAGAACUCUAGAACUCUACUUUUUGAGAACCUCAUAAGAUUCUGUAGUUCAAGCACUGCCCGAAAUCCAAGUCCUGAAAAUAAUUCACUUUCUCUAGUUAAUAAACAAACUGUCCCAAGAUUAUGUUCUGACUCCGAAGUGUUGGAUGAAGGAUGGGAAGCGCCAUCGCCUCCAUCAGCCUUGGAGGAGAUUUCAGAAGAUGAAGCUGUUCGGAUUGUAUCUGAACCACCACUUCCUUUUGAAUCCUUCACACUUCAGGAUUAUGUUGAUCAUUCAGAAACCCUGCAGAAGUUGGUGCUUCUAGGAGUUGAUUUGUCUAAAGUGGAAAAACGUCCAGGUGCGGCUCAGUUUCUUCUGAAGUUAGACUUUGAAAAAGAUAUUGCCAAAGUACUCCUGUUUCUUAAAGAUGUUGGUGUGGAAGGUCAUCAGCUUGGGGCAAUCCUCACUAGAAACCCUUAUCUUCUUAGAGAAGACGUGGAAGAUUUGGAGACCAGGGUGGCUUAUCUGACAUCAAAAAAAUUCAGCAAGGAGGCCAUUGCACGGCUUGUCUCGGCGGCUCCAUAUUUACUUCUCUUCUCUGUGGAAAGGUUGGAUAAUAGGCUUGGUUUCUUCCAAAAAGAACUUGGAUUGAAUGUGAAAAAGACCAGAGAUUUAAUAACUCGUCUUCCAAGGUUACUGACAGGCAGCCUUGAACCUAUUAAAGAAAAUCUAAAGGUGUUUGAACUUGAACUUGGCUUUAGUCAGAAUGAAAUUAGGCACAUUGCAUACAGAAUCCCCAAGACUCUGGGACUAAGCAAAAGGAAGCUAACACAUACAUUUGAUUUCUUGCACAACAUGAUGGGCAUUCCACAUGGCGUCAUUGUUCAUUUCCCUCAGGUUUUUAAUUCUAGCCUAUUACGAAUCAAAGAAAGGCAUUUGUUUCUUAAAUUCCUGGGAAGAGCACAGUAUGAUCCAAAGCAACCCAGCUACGUCGCCCUGGACAAGCUAGUAUCCCUGUCUAAUGACAUAUUCUGUGUAGAAGUUGCCAAGACAUCCAUACAGGACUUCCACACAUUUUUGAAAACACUGUAAAAUAACAUGUCUCCAAAGAAACUUAACAGUUAUAAAAUAAAUGGGGCGUUUUUCUAACUGUUUUUUUAAACAACAUUAAUGAACCAUGAAUAAAAAUGAGAUACCAUUUUA